AUGGUUGAAAGUGUCCUUGACGACAUCUCCCACCGGAGAUAUAACCCCCUCACUGGAGCAUAUGUGCUUGUCUCCCCCCACCGCACCAAGCGUCCCUGGCAAGGCGCCCAGGAAACUCCCUCCAAGACAACACUCCCCGACUACGACGCUACCUGCUACCUAUGCCCAGGUAACCAGCGCGCACAGGGAGAUCACAAUCCCAAAUACGACAAGACCUUUGUCUUCGUAAAUGAUUACAGCGCAGUCAAAGAGGAACAGGCGGCUUACCAGCCAGAAUCCGGAGACGAUGUUGAAUCAUUCUUCCUCCGCGCCGACCCAGUCACUGGGAAAUGCUACGUGCUCACCUUCUCCGCCGCCCACAAUCUGACCCUAGCCGAUCUCACCCCCGCCGAGAUCGUCCCUGUCAUAAGCGCCUGGACAGACAUUUAUAUCGCACACCUGUCGCCCAACUCCCCGCUCGCGGCGGCUGCAUCUAAAAUCACCAUCUCCCCCGACUCCCCCGCUGCAAGCCUCACCAAGCCCAAGGAGCAAUAUCGCUACAUGCAGAUCUUCGAAAACAAAGGCGCGGCCAUGGGCUGCUCAAACCCGCACCCGCACGGCCAGAUCUGGACAACAAGCUCUCUCCCCGAAGAACCAGCCGCGGAAGUCCAGCAGCUGCAAAAGUACCGCCGCGAGCACAGCGGAAGACACAUGCUAGCCGACUACGCCGCGCUCGAGAGCAAGAAACAGGAGCGCGUGGUCUUUGAAAACGAUACGUUCCUGGUCGUCUGCCCCUGGUGGGCCGUGUGGCCAUUUGAGACCAUGAUCGUUAGCAAGACGCACAAGCGUGCCCUUGUUGACCUCAAUGGGAACGAGAAGGCACAGCUCGCUGAGGCGAUUGCCGAGGUGACCAGGCGAUACGAUAACCUUUUUGAAACGCAUUUCCCUUAUAGUAUGGGCAUUCAUCAGGCACCGCUGGAGGGGACGGAGGAAGAGAUUGAGGCGUCGUAUCUGCAUUUGCAUUUCUAUCCGCCGUUGUUGCGGAGUGCGACAGUGAGGAAGUUCCUUGUUGGGUAUGAGUUGAUGGCUGAGCCUCAGCGUGACAUCACACCGGAACAGGCUGCCGCAAGGUUACGGGGUUGUGGGGGCGAGUUGUAUCGGAAGAAGUUGGAUCUCUAA